AUGUUUGAGUCACUUGUUGCAAAUUUAUUGAACCGAUUCUUAGGUUCUUAUAUAGAGAAUUUCGAUCCCAAGCAAUUGAAUAUUGGUAUUUGGAGUGGGGAUGUGAAAUUGAAAAAUUUAAGACUAAAGAAAGAUUCAUUAGAUAGGUUUAAGUUACCAAUUGAUGUUAAAUUUGGUCAUGUAGGAGAACUCACUUUACAAAUUCCUUGGUCUAAUUUAAAGGGACAGCCUGUAAAAGUUAUAAUUGAAGAUGUUUACUUAUUGGCUUCACCAAUAAUAUUGAAUGAUUUCGAUCUUGAUGAAGAAAAGCAAAAAGAACUCAAAGUCAAGAAAGAUAAAUUAGAACAAUUAUCAGUAAUUGAAAAUGCAUCAUUACAAAAUCAAGAAAUUUCUUCCAAUAUCAAUUCGAAUGAAACUUUCACUGAAUCUUUAGUAACGAAAAUUAUUGAUAAUUUACAAGUAACAAUUAAGAAUAUUCAUAUCAGAUAUGAGGACGAUUCAAUUUUAACUGAAGAUCCUUAUUCUGUUGGUAUCACAUUGAACGAAUUAUCAGCUGUAUCAACUGAUCAAUCAUGGAUCCCAUCCUUUAUCUCAAUAACUCAACAAUUGACUAGAAAAUUAUUGAAAUUACAAGAUUUAACAUGCUAUAUGAACACUGACAGUCCCUCCAUUUAUAGUGAAGAUCCUGAAAAGUUAUUGGAGAUUUUUAAGAGUUCCAUCCACUCGGAGAAUAUAGAAGAUUACCAGUAUAUAUUGAAACCAGUCAGUGGACAAGGUAAGCUUUCACUUAAUAAAUUGGGAGCAACAGAAUCAACUCCACAUAUCAAGGCUGAAUUGUUCUUCGAGGAAUUCGGUAUUGAUUUAGAUUCACAACAAUAUAAAGAUAUGUUAUGGACUUUAUCAAAGUUUCAUUGGUACAUCAAAACUCAUAAGUUUAGGAAAUUUAGACCAAAAGUCACUGUUGCUGAAGAUCCAAAAUUAUGGCUUCAAUAUGCAGCUAAAUCCAUAUUGAAUGAAAUUCAUGAAAAACAUUACAAAUGGAGUUGGGAAUAUUUCGAAAAAAGAAGAGACGAAAGAAAAGCUUACGUCAAAUUAUAUAAGUUUAAAUUGUUGAAUAAACUUACAAAUACCGAUGAUAUUAAAGAAUUUGAUAAUUUAGAAGAAGCUUUGACAUUUGAAGAUAUAAAAUUCUAUAGAUCGAUAGCUAGAACCGAAGUCAAGAAAGAAAAUGCCAAUAAAUUGAAACAAGCUCAAAAUGAAAAAGCUCACCCUCAACAACAAGGUUGGUUUGGUGGAUGGUGGGGUGGUAACAAUGCCCAAAAACCGAAAGAAGGUGAAGUGGAGGAAGAUGAUCUUCAAUUGAGUGAUAAUCAGCGUAAAGCUCUUUAUGAGGCAAUUGAUUAUUCUGAAACCAAUGAAAUCGCAAAUGCUGUUGAUUUACCAAGAGAUACAAUAAAAAUGGAAAUAUUAGCAACCUUGAAAAAAGGUGGAAUCUCCAUCAAGAAAACAAAAAAUUCAUCGAAUUUAGCAGAAAUUGUUUUCGAAGGUUGUAAAGCUCAAUUCUAUCAAAGACCAGAUUCAGUUUUAACUAAUUUCCAGAUCGAGGAAUUCAGAAUUGAAGAUGGUACAGAAGCCACUUUGUAUAAACAUAUUGUGAGUGUCAAGCAAUACGGAGGUCAAUCAACUGAAGCUGACAACGAUCCAUUCUUCAGGGUUUCAUUUGAAAGAAAUCCUUUAGAUGAUUCUGCUGAUUCCAAGCUUUUAGGUAAGUUGAAAUCAAUGACGAUAUUCUAUAACCCCAGAUUCAUUGAAGAAGUGAUCAAGUUCUUCAAACCCCCUAAGAUUCAUUUGGAUACCGUAGGUGCUAUUAUGAAUGCAGCUGAAGCUACUGUUGAAGGAUUUACCUCGCAAACUAGGAUGGGAUUACAAUAUGCCUUGGAAGAACAUAAAACUAUUAAUGUCAAGUUAGAUUUACAAGCUCCCUUGAUUAUUUUACCUUUGGAACCACACAAUUGGAAAUCUCCUGUGGCAAUUCUUGAUGCUGGUCAUAUAAGUGUUAUAAGUAAUUUAGUCGAGAAAGCCAAAAUCGAAGAGUUGAAAUCAAAAACGAGUUAUAGUGAAGCCGAUUGGGAUAAUUUAAACACAUUGAUGUAUGACAAGUUCAACUUACAUCUUCAAGAUGCCCAAUUUUUAGUUGGAUCUAACAUUAAAGAUACUAUGGAACAACUUCAUCUCGAAGAUACUAAACAGCGUAAAUCUUCUAUUUUGGAUAAGUUCAACAUCAAAUUAUUAUUGGGAAUCUCGAUCUUACCUGAUGUGUACAAUUUAUCCAGAUUUAAAAUCGGAGGGGAGGUACCAAGCGUUAAGUUACAAUUGAACGAUUUGCAGUACAAAAUAAUCAUGCAAAUCAUUGAUGCUGCCAUACCAAAUUUUGAUAACAUUGAAAAUGACGAUUCCAGUAUAUUCAAUGCUUUCCAACCUGACAAUCAAUCGCCAAUUGAAGAGUUAGAAAAUUCAACUGACGAAGUUAGAAUUAAAAAGAAUGAUGAAACAAUACCUGAAGCAGCCCUUAAUCAACAUAUGUUUGAGUUUGACUUGAAGAUAGACCUUGUACAUCUUUCACUCUCGAGAUGUAUUGAUGGAGUAACUUUCGAGGCUGAACCAUUUAUUGAUUUGAUCGGUGAUUCAGUCAACUUAAAUCUUAUCAAGACAAUGAAUGAUUUGUUUUUAGGAUUAACAUUGGAUGAUAUUAACCUUAUAGAUCACAUAGAAAGGUCAGGAAUCCCUGAAUUUGAAAGAUUGAUUUCUUCUAAUAACUUUGUAGAAGGUGAUGUUGAGAAAUCCAAAGAAUUGUUUAAGUUAGAUUAUUCCAGGAAACAGAGAAUCGUGGACUUCAACAAUAAGGAAAUUGAAGUAUUCGAUCAGGAUAUCAAAUUAGAUGUUGCAACCCUUAAGUUUGUUAUUACCAGAAAGUCCAUAUUAAGUAUCUUGAACUUUGUAUUAAACACUUUCACCGACCCCAACGCUCAAACCACGCCAGCCGAUGAAUUGAAACAUAAUGAUGUUCAAGACUUGGAAGUUGCCCCACAGAAAAUUAAUGUGGUUAUCAAUUUGGAUAGCAUUAUUUGUGUUUUGAAUGAGGAUAGCGUGAAAUUAGCUACCCUUCAAUUAAGUACUGCUCAAAUCGCUGUUUUGGUGUUACCUGAAGCUCUUGAUGUUCAUGGGAAAUUGGGAGCUUUAUCAUUACAUGAUGACAUCAAUGCUGGAUCACCCAAAGAUUCAAUCUUGAGAAAUUUGAUCAACAUUGAAGGUGAUAAUUUGGCUGAAUUUACCUACAAAACCUUUGAUCAAGAAACGAACGACCAUUUAUACAGCUCUUUAGUAGAAUUCAAAACAGGAUCUUCCAAGAUUAAUUUUGUGGAAUCUUCGUUCAAAAGAAUUUUCAACUAUUUGAGUCAAUUCCAGAAGAUGAAGGAAAUAUAUGACAGUACCAGAGAAGCUGCUAUAAAUCAAGCCAACCAGAUCGAAAAUGCCAAUAAGAUGAAAUUUAAUUUUUCAGUAACAGCCCCAAUCGUCGUAUUUCCUAGAAUAGUCAAACAUUCGACAGUUAAAUAUGAUAAUUUAACCAUAGAGUUAGGUGAAUUGUAUGCCACUAACGAUUUCAUCGAAACAAACGGGAAAAUUAAGAAUGUUAUUAAGUCAGGAUUACGGAAUAUUAACAUGAGUUCUGAAUUCAAUUUCAUCAAUGAUAUAUUGCAGUUUUCAGAAAUGGUUAAAGACUUUGAUAUGUCCUUUGAUAUAGAUUAUUUGGAAGAUUAUAUUGAAGGAGUACCUUCAAUUGUCGUCAAUGGUAGAUUACCAGAAGUCAAUUUACACUUAACUGAGUUGCAAUUAAAUUUCUUGAUGGGCCUUUCAGAUGCUAUUACCAAUGUCUUUGACACUUCUGACAUUGACAUGCAAGAAAUUGAAGAAGAUGCCACCAAUGCCAAUGCAGUUAUGAAGCAAAAAAAUCAAGAGAAAGAAGCAAAUAGCCCAACUCAAAGUAAACCACAGAGUGUGGGUGAAGUAAAGCAAUCUGAGAUUCCAGCAAAACAUGAGAAAUUAAUUUUCAAGUUCAAUGUUCCUAAAUUGGCUUUGACAAUUUAUAAUCAUACAUCUGGUAUUAAGGAUGUUUCUACAAAUAAAUUGGGAUCAUUCUCAUUGAAUGGAAUAGAUGUUAACCUCAAAAUGACCCAGGAUACUCAUUUCGAUUCUAAAUUGAUUGUCAAGUCUUUUGUUGUGGAGGAUAUCAGAGCAGAAUGUAACAGUAAAUUCAAGGAAAUAAUUCCUCUGAUUAAAAGUGGAAAUGAUCAAUUUAUAGUCAGUGCUUCAUCUGAAGGAACAGAGGAGAAGAAAAAUAUAACUGUUUUAUUGAGUGUUGAUAAUCCGAAAGUUGUUUUAUCACUCGAUUAUUUGUUUGAACUUCAAAAUUUCGUCGAUAAGGCUCUUGAAAAACCAGAAACUAUCUCCGAAUUAGUGGCUGAUGAUGAAAGUUCAGAAGGAAGCUCUUUGGAUGCUGAGAAUCUCAAGGUUGCUAAUACUGGGUCCUCAAAGCCAACGGAUGAAGGAACAACAACCAAUAUUGGAUUCUCAGUAAAUAUCUUACGACCAUCCAUCAUAUUAUUGGCCGACCCUUCUAAAGCUAACACUGAAGCUGUUGUGUUCAAAAUCGAACAAGUUUUACUCACCAGUCAAAACGUUAUUUCAUUGGCUGCCAAUAGUGUGGGAUUAUUCUUGUGUACCGCCGAUAACUUGAAUGACCAGAGAUUAAGAAUCAUAGACGACUUUUCAAUUUCAUUUGCUCAUGAUUCUAGAGGAUCAACACCCACCAACUUCUUAACAAAUAUUCAGGCAUCAGUGGAUCCCUUAUUGGUUAGAGUUUCUUUAAGAGAUAUCCGAUUAGCUUUAAGCAUUUUUAAUAUAGCUUCUGUACUUUAUGCCAAGUCUCAAGGUAAAGAUGAAGUUUCUCCAGAAGAUGAUUACACUUUUUCAGAUAACUUCAAAAAGAGAUUAUCAAAGUAUGCCCCUUCUUUUGUAUCUAAUAUUUCAGGAACUGAAGUUGCCAAAAAGGAGUCUAAUGAAGACAGAGUUAUAAUAAAGGGAGAAGAAUUGAAUGUUAGUUUCGGUGGUUUGAGAUUUGUGUUGAUCGGUGAUGUGCAUGAAUUACCUGUGAUUGAUAUGAAUGUGAAACCAUUCGACACGAGAGCUAUCAAUUGGUCAACGGAUUUAAGUGCUGAAACUCAUGUGGAAUCGUUUGUCAAGAUUUACAAUUAUUCUCGUUCUACUUGGGAACCUCUUAUUGAGCCAUGGCCAAUUGCUAUCUACGCUUCCAAGUCAAGUGACGAAAAGAAUGGUAUCAUGGUGGAUAUUGUUUCCAGACAGUUGGCAGAAAUCACUGUAACAUCUAGAUCGAUUGCAUUACUUUCUCAAAUUUCCACCUUAAUUAGUGAAGAGGUUGAACUCAAAUCAAGAGAGGAAACAAGUCCUUACAAGAUUUUAAACGAAACUGGAUAUGACAUCGAAGUUUGGAAAGAUGGAGAUAAAGAUGAAAACAAAAAUAAGAAGGUGAUCAGUAAUGGUGAUCAAAUUCCUUGGGCUUUUGAAGAUUGGAGAGAAGUUCGUGCUAAUUUAGAUACUGACAAUAAAAGAGGAAUCUUAGGAAUCAGAUUACUCGAAUCGAAAUACGAUGAAAUUCAUCAAAUUUCAGCUUCGGGUGAAGGUGAAGACAUCAUCAUGAUGACUCCACCAGUAGAUGGAGUUCACACUAGAUUAAUUUGUGAUAUCUCAUUAGGUUCAGAUAAUAUCAAAACCAUUUGGGUCAGGUCAGCUGUUCAAAUCCAGAAUAAUGCUGAUGUUGCUAUCUCAGUAAAUGUUUUCGAAGAUCCACAAUCGAAGCAGUCAGUUGAUAUCAUAGAAAUUGAACCAGGCCAAAGUAAAGCCUUACCAGUUGAUCAUGUCUAUAAUGGAAGUUUGAAAUUUAAACCAAAAAUGGAAGCAGAAUAUGGCUGGUCUAAAGAAAGCCUUUAUUGGAAGGAUAUGAUUUAUGGAGGUAGUGCUUUGACUUGCGCUUCAUCUGAUUCGAGUGACAAGACAGCUUAUUAUUUCCAAGCCGAAGCUUCUUAUGAUAAAGAUGAACCUUUGGCAAGAAUCUAUCCACAUAUGAAGAUUGUCGUUUCAGCACCUAUCCAGUUAGUCAACUUGUUGCCUUUUGAUAUAGAUUAUAGAUUGUAUGAUAAAGAUACCAGGAAAGAUUGGAACGGUUCAGUUGCAAAAGGGGUGGAGAAUUAUAUCCAUGUUGCAAGUUUGAAAAGCUUAUUACUACUUAGUGUGGAACCUAAAGAAUGUGGAUUCAAUAAGUCGGAAUUUGCUAUCAUCAACAGUCCAUCCAAGAGUGAAUUUAAAAGAGAGGAUUUUAUGACCUCCAGACAUGAAGAUGGUCAAGUAAUGAAGUUGAAGAUUUAUUAUCCAAGAAAGAAACAAGGAUUCUCAGGACUUAGAGCGGUGAUUUAUUCACCUUACAUUGUUUUGAAUAGAACAGGUCAAAAUAUCGAAGUGAUGGAAAGAAACAAUAAGUUGAAGUCCAACGGGAGAUCAGCCUUGGAAAAGAUAACCCCUAAGAUGUUUUCGUUUGAUAGAGAUGCUGAUAAAAAGAAUAGAGCUUUGUUGAAGGUCGGGGAUAGUCAAUGGUCGGCACCAAUAAGUUUCGAUGCUAUUGGUCAAUCGAGUUCAGUAAGCGUUCAAUUGACAGGUAAACAAUCAGAAAUGAAUGUUGGGGUUUCAGUUGCUGAUGGAGAGGGAGUUUAUAAUUUGACCAAAGUUAUUACCAUAGCACCAAGGUACAUUUUCAAGCAUACAUUGGAGGAACCUUUACAAAUCGUUGAAAACGGAUCAAAUAAUGUUAUAGAUGUUGCGCCUAAUGAACUACAUCCCUUAUACGGUUUACGUCGUUUAGAAAAGAGAAGUUUAGUUCUUAAAUUUGCCCAUGGAUCAAAAAAUUGGUCAUCACCUUUUGUCAUUGAUGAUAUUGGUCAAAUAUUUUUAAAAGUUUAUAAGGAAAAUUUCGGACAAAUCCUUCUCAAAGUCAAUAUUUUAACAGAGAAUGGAGUAAUUUUCAUCCAAGUUGAAAAUGCUAAUAAUAAUUGGCCAUUUUCAAUAAGGAAUUUUAGUGAUUCUGAAUUUUAUAUCUAUCAAGCUGAUCCUAAUAUCAAUGAAAAUGGUGAUGUUAUCAAGACUGAUGUUACUUAUAAGCCGAUAUAUUACAAAAUACCACCAAAAAGUGUUAUGCCUUAUGCUUAUGAUUAUCCAAAUGCUGUGAUUAAAGAAUUGAUUAUCAGAUCUCAUGGAAGAGAAAGAGCUAUCAAUCUUUCUGAGAUAGGAAACUUGAAACCUUUCAGAUUACCUCCGACCCUGACAGAAGAUCAAAAGAUUGUUGAUUUGAAUGUCGUUGCUGACGGACCCACUCAAUCUUUGAUUAUAUCAGAUUACGAUCCAUCAUUGAGCAUGUAUAAAUUACAAAGAACUAAAACAGGAACUACUCUUACGUCAUCCCAGCAAAAUUUCGAAACUCCCGAAGAAGAUGAAAGUUACCAUACUAGAAUUAUCACUAGGUUCGAAGGGUUUGGUAUAUCGUUAAUCAACACCAGAUACCAAGAGUUAAUCUAUGUCACUUUGAGAGGAUUAGAAUUAAGAUAUAACGAGUCAGAUUUGUAUCAAAACUUGAGUGUCAAAUUGAAAUGGAUUCAGGUAGAUAAUCAAUUAUAUGGUGGUAUAUUCCCUAUUAUAAUUUAUCCGACCGUUGUUCCUAAGUCAGGUAAAGAAAUGAACAACCAUCCAUCAUUCUCAGCGUCGGUUUGUAAGGUGAAAGAUGAUUCUCAUGGUGUAUUAUUCAUCAAAUAUGCUACCGUUCUUUUACAAGAAAUGACUAUUGAGAUAGACGAAGAUAUAUUAUUUGCGUUAUUAGACUUCGCCAAACUUCCAGGUGCAAGUUGGAAUAGACAGAUUGAAGAUAAACUAUGCGAUGAUUCUUUGGAAUUACCUGAACCUAAAACUUUAUCGGAAAGUAGUGAUAUUUACUUCGAAGCUUUACAUUUACAACCAACAUUGACAAAUUUAUCGUUUGUCAGAACUGAAAGAGUUAAUGCUGAAGAUAAAAUAUCUAAUGGUCAGAAUACGUUGAUGUUCUUCUUCAAUGUUCUUACCAUGGCUCUUGGUAAUAUUAAUGAUGCUCCAAUCAAAUUGAAUGCUUUGUUCCUUGAAAAUAUUAGAGUUCCAACCCCUAUUCUUUUGGAAUCUAUCCAGACUCAUUAUGGUCAAUCAUUCUUCUAUCAACUUCAUAAGAUUUUAGGGUCAGCUGAUGUGAUUGGUAAUCCUGUUGGUUUAUUCAAUAAUUUGUCUUCAGGGGUUUUAGAUAUAUUCUACGAACCUUAUCAAGGUUUCAUAAUCAAUGACCGUCCACAAGAGUUGGGUAUCGGUAUUGCUAAAGGUGGUUUAAGUUUCUUGAAAAAAUCGAUUUUUGGAUUUAGUGAUUCGUUUGCUAAAAUUUCGGGUUCCUUGGCUAAAGGACUAUCGGUCGUUACUUUGGAUGAUAAAUUUCAAGAACGUAGACGUUUCAAUCAACGUCGUAAUAAACCAAAGCAUGCCCUCUAUGGGUUCGCUAGCGGUGCCAAUUCGUUCUUUGAAUCAGUGUCUUCAGGUGUGACCGGGUUUGCUACUGCUCCUAUUGAAGGUGCCAAUACUGGAGGAGCAGCUGGUUUCUUUAAGGGUGUUGGAAAAGGUUUAGUCGGAUUACCUACAAAAACAGCUAUUGGUUUCUUUGAUUUGGCUUCCAAUGUUAGUGAAGGGAUUCGUAACACCACCACUGUUUUUGAUGCUGAAGGUUUAGAUAAAGUUAGAUUGCCUCGUUAUAUCAGUUACGACAAGGUAGUUAGACCAUACUCUCAAAGAGAAGCUCAAGGUCAAUUCUGGCUUAAAUCAAUAGAAGGAGGAGUUUAUUUCAACGAAGCUUAUUUGGCACAUCUCUUGUUACCAGGAGAAGAAAAAGCCUUGAUCUUGACUUUCAAACACAUGAUAUUGUUUGAUGUUAAUUCAUUGAAGGUCAAGUGGGUGAUCACCUUCGAUCAAAUAAAAUCGAUUUCCAUGGAAUCUACAGGUAUCAAUAUCGGAUUGAAGAAGAAAGAAGGUCCAUUUAUACCAAUUCCUGAAAAGUCAUCAAGAGCAUUCUUGUAUAGCAAGAUUAGUAUUGCUGUUGAGGAUUACAAUAAGCAUUGUCAAGUCAUUCUUUAA